AUGUCUAGCUUUGGUGUGCUAUUCAGGGUCACCACCUAUGGGGAAUCUCACUGUAAAUCCGUCGGUUGUAUUGUCGAAGGAGUUCCUCCAGGCAUGUCUUUGACUGAAGAAGAUAUUCAAACUCAAUUGACUAGGCGGAGACCUGGCCAGUCAAAGUUGUCUACGCCCAGGAACGAGAAAGAUAGAGUUGAAAUUCAAUCAGGUACAGAGUUUGAUAAGACCUUAGGCACACCUAUUGGUAUGAUUGUGAAAAACGAAGAUCAAAGGCCUCAUGAUUAUGGCGAAAUGGAUCAAUAUCCAAGGCCAUCGCACGCGGAUUUUACUUAUAUUGAGAAGUAUGGCAUCAAAGCUUCAUCUGGAGGUGGCCGUUCUUCUGCAAGAGAAACUAUUGGAAGAGUUGCUGCUGGGGCAAUUGCUGAAAAGUUUUUGAAGUUGGUUUCUAACGUCGAGAUCGUUGCUUUCGUAUCCCAAAUUGGAACUGUGAAGAUGAAUCGUAAUCCGUUUGACCCCUCUUUCCAACAUGUGUUGAACACUAUAACUAGGGAACAGGUAGAUGCCUCUGGUCCUAUUCGUUGUCCGGAUCCCUCCGUUUCUACCGCUAUGGUUAAAGAAAUUGAAAAGUAUAGAGGUGAGAAGGAUUCCAUCGGAGGUGUUGUAACAUGUGUCGUUAGAAAUGUUCCAGUGGGGCUCGGUGAACCCUGCUUCGACAAAUUAGAGGCGAUGUUGGCUCAUGCUAUGCUUUCCCUUCCAGCCUCAAAAGGGUUUGAAAUCGGCUCGGGUUUUGCUGGUGUCGAACUCCCAGGUUCGAAGCAUAACGAUCCUUUCGUCUUCAAUAAAGAAGAUGGAAGGUUAAGGACCAAAACCAAUAAUUCAGGCGGUAUACAGGGUGGAAUUUCGAAUGGAGAACAUAUCUACUUCUCGGUUCCCUUCAAAUCUGCGGCGACUAUAUCUCAAGAGCAGGAAACAUCCACCUACAGUGGCACGAAUGGUAUUUUGGCCGCUAAGGGCAGACAUGAUCCGUCUGUUACACCGAGAGCUACGCCAAUUGUUGAAGCGAUGACUGCUUUAGUUUUAGCCGAUGCUUACUUGAUUCAAAAAUCUAGAGAGGCUACCAGAAACAUCGUAAACUAA